GAAGGAAAGGAGUAGUGGGCGUUGUUCUUCGUUUUCUAUUGUUAUCAUUGUUUUACUCUCCUCCUGGCUUUUCUUUUGUCAACACUUCCAUAUAUAUAUUUGUAUGUAUGUACGUGUUGUGAUAUCUUUCUGCGGUGAACAGCAAAACAGAGAAAGCGAGAAUACGGUCCGUCCCGUGCGGCUUCCUCCACCGCCUGCUCUGUCGCAUUGGUGAUGCACGGUGGACUCUGUGUGUUUGCCUACUAUGUACUGCAGACAAAAACCUCUCCCUCCCCAAAAAUAGUAUUUAUAAUACUAUGACAACAAAGAUUAAUGAGCUCACCGUCGAAUCACCACAAACAGCAGCAGCAGCCGGCUGCACAGCGUCUGUGCCCCUCCCUCGCCCACGAUGCGGCGGCAGCCCUUUACGGCGAAAUGGCCCACGCAGCGGCAGCGGCAGCAGCGGCGGCGGCUCAUCCCUCUCCCAGCACCGCACUGGAGCCGCAGCGGAUGUCCCACUCACCGCAGCCGCCGCAGUUGAUGUCGCUGCACGGUCGUGGUCGCAACGGCGAAGGCCCGCCGAAGCACUCGCCGCCUGACCCUGCCCUUUCUCCACCGCUUGCCCCGGUCAUGUCCUCCUCUUCCCUCUCGGCUGCCAGGUCAGCAGCCGCAGCACACUCCGCUGUCUCCUCCCCCGCCAACAGCCUCAACGUGGCCGGCUCGAGUGCCAAUGCGAACGUCACCGCAGCCGUCAACCCCCUCUUUUACGUCCGAUCCGUUUCGGCGUCAUCGUGGAAAGGCGCUCGCGGAGGUGCAGGGAUGAUGAUGUCAGCAACGACGCCGCUGCAGCUGCUGCCCGAUUCGGAGGGCAGUAGCGGGCAUGUCGGUCGCACCACUCCGGCAACUGCCCCCUCCGCAGCGUCGCCCCCGCCGCAGCAGCAGUCCGCCGCCGCCGCUGUCGGCAGUGGGUUCGCGAUGAAUCCGCCGAACCACACGAGCAGCGUGAGCAGCCCACCGUCGUCUGUCCGCGGGGGGUCGCUGCCCUCCGCGCCCGUGUACACGCAGCCCAACUCUACCUACCCAUCUGCUGCACCGUGGCUGCGGUUGCACCGCUCUGGUGGGAGUGCCAGCCACUCGACCUUCACGACCCUCACCGGCGCGGCGGUGAAUCACCCUACCGCCAGCAGCGUUGGCAGCAACGGCAACUCGGGGCCGGGCUUCGCCGUGAGCACCUCGACGCCUGGCGUGCCUGACACGCCACUCGCGGCCUUCGACCUCAGCCAUCACUCCCACCCCGGCUACGAAGACGAAGCCGCGCUGACCUGCCAGCUGUGUCAGCGUCUCAGCUGCGUGUGUGGGCGGGGCGGGGGGACAGGCGAGGGCGGCUUUACCGGGCUCAGCCCCUACUACGUUCGAGGUGCCAGUAGUGAUGGAGGUAGCGUGGCGUGGACAGCGGCGUUGAGCCUUCAGCAGCAGCAGCAGCAGUUGUACUUGCCCGCCUCGUCCGCCGCGGCGGUGGCGGCGAUUGUGCCGCUGAGUCUUGUCCCACCCUUCCGCAUGGCGCGUGUGGAGAGCGGGGUGUACCGCGGAGCCUACCCCGUUCUACGCAACUUCCCUUUCCUGCGGCGGCUGCGGCUGCGCACCAUCGUCUCCCUCAUCCCGGAGCCGCCGACCUACGACUUGAAGUGCUUCGCGGAGGCGGAGCACAUUCAACUCCACCACAUCCACGCCGAGCGAGCCAAGGGCGAGGUGCAGCUGCUGCCGUCGGAGCUGAGUGAGGCGUUGCAGCUCAUCAUGAACAUCGACCUCCACCCCGUCUACGUGCACUGCCUCGACGGGCGGCACGUCACCGGGCUAGUCGUGAUGGGCUUGCGGAAACUGCAGCAGUGGGACAUCCACGCCGCCCACGCCGAGCACCUGCGCUUCACCGGCGAGGAGCAGGACGAGGUGUCCUUCAUCGCAGACUACACCGGGCCGCUGCUCGUGCCGCCGCACAUCCCGUCCUGGCUGUGGGGCGGCUCCCUCUACGAUGCGGCCACCGGGCAGCCGAAGAAGCUGCAGCCGAGCACGAUGCGACUGCGUCUUUCCACGACCGUCACCGGCGGCGUCGCAUCCCCUUCCUGCGCACACCCCAACUCGAGCUUUCCUACCGCAGCAGGGACGCUGGCCGGCCUCGCCUCUGCGGCAGCGUCGAACAAGGCGUCGACGUCGGCCUCGUCAGACGCGUCCCGUGCGAUGUACGGCGGUGGAAGCAGCAACGUGAACAGCACGGCGGGGGCAUCCAACGGCGAUGCACGCCCGCAUGCGGCCGCGCCGUGGAUGUUGUCGGUGCCCAACGGCGAGGUCGUCGCCGUGGAUGGCCAGCUCUACCUGGAUGUAGAUCGCCUGCGUGGGGCGGCGGCGCUGUACGGCAACGCAGACGCCACGAGCUACCGCGAUGUACCGAUGUUGUUUUCCUUUGAGUACGCCGCGGCAAGGAGCGGCUCUUCUUCUGGAGGGGGUGGAGGGAGGGCCGGAGGGAGAGGGGGGAGCACCAUCACUCACGGGACUGCGCGCCGGGGUAAGGCCGGUCCUCACUCCGCCUCCCCCACGGCACCACUGCAGCUGCCCAGCGCGAGCAGCACGGCAACGGCGGCGACCAGCACGAGUCGUCACUCCUCGCAGUCGAACAGCACCAACGGCAGCAUGGCCGGUCCGCCCGCUGCGGCCGCCGCCGUCUUGGCUGCCGCUGCUGCGCGUGGAAGUACCACGAACACGCGAAGUUCGUCGCCCAGUUCGAAGUGGAUGACGACGUCUCCGCUGGACGUGCUGCAGCCCCACUCGGCGCCCUACCACAUGCAACCGCCCUCGCCUAGCGCGAGUGGGGCGCUGACGACCAACACCACCACCGCUGCUGCAACACCGCGGACAUCGUCGCAGCAAUCCUUGUCCUUGCAGCGGCUCUCGCCCACGCCGAGUAACGGCAGCAGCAGCAAUAAUAACGUUCAUGACGCCGUCGGCAACAGCAUCUUAGACAGUCAAUUCAGUGCGCUGAUGUGGACCUCGGGGUUGGCAACCUCGCCCACGGUGUCGUCCAUGCGGACGAACGCAGCAGUGACGUCUGCUGGUGCCGCAGCUGCGGGCGGGGGUGAAACUGGAGCCGGCGGUGGUGGCGUCAGCGGCGGCGGCGGUGUCGGUGCAGGUGGUGUGUCGGGGGGAGGUGGUGGUAGUGGCGGAGUCCGCGGUGGUGCAGCAGCAGCAGCAGCAGCGUCGCACGCUCGGCUAAUUGCCCGGGCGGGAGUGAACGGAGCUGGCAGCAACGCGUCUGCGCGGGCGACGAAGCGGAGCUUCUCUCGUUGA